CGCUCCCGGGGGACAAUGGGAGCCGCUGGCGCCGGGUCUGCGGCGCUCAGUCUGAAGCGGAGCGGCCCCCUGGACCCCGGCCCCCGGCCCCCGGAGACAUGUCGGUCACCAUCAGCCUCUUCGAUUUGGCCAACCUGUCAAUCAGCCACCCCGAGCCCGGGACGGUGAACUUCAUGGCCCUGCACGCGCUGCUUCACGGCAUCAUCCGGCACCUGGGCAUCCAGGAUGUGCAGGCCCAGGAGCCGGCCCAGCUGCUGAGGCCCGCGGACAGCCCGGCCGCCGCCGCCGCCGCCGCCGCCGCCUGCAGCCGGGGCCCCUAUCGCCACCUGGAGCAGAAGCUGCGGGAUGUGGAGCAGCAGGUGCAGGAGCUGAGCCGGCUGCCCAGCGGCCUGGAGCUGCUGCACAGGAGCAGAGCGGAUGGGAGUUCGGUCCAUGACAUGUGGAACCUGCUGCAGCUGAGGAAGAAAACGGAGACCAACCGGGAGGGAGUGGACAAGGUUAUGUCUUUGAUGGAGGAGAUGGUGCAAGAAAUGAAUAAUUUGAAGAACUUCAAAAAUACUGUUGAAGAUCGCAUGAGUGACAUUGACAAACAUAUAGAUAUGGUAACCUCUCAUGUCAAUUUCAUAAAUGAGCUACUGGAUAAAACUCCCGAACAAUUACAGCAGUUUGUCAGUUGGAAGAUUCUCCAGACCACGCUCGUGGAUUCUGAUGCCGAUUCUUCAGAUGACUUUAAAAUGUCUGCAACAAUGUCUGGUAGUACUGUCCAGGCACCAGAUUUCCAAGUUGAAACUUCAGAUAACACUUCUAAUCCCCAAGAAGAUGGCAGUGAAACUCCCCCCAGGAAAGACGAGUCUGUUGCUGCUGCGGUCAAAGUUUCAGAUCACGCACAUGCAACUCAAAAAUAUAAGCCUUUGGCAAAGCCUGAAGUGGAACCGAUGGAAGUAAACUCAUCUGUCGUCACUGAAGAUGAAGCUCAUCUUCAUCCAGAAGCUGUAUUAGCUCUUCAACGCAUUCGACUUGCAACUGAAAACCAACCUGCUUUGGUUCAGCGGGUAGCUGCUCUUGAAAAAACCUUAUCAGAUUUAGUGUCAGACCAUGGAAUGAUGAAGGGAGUUGAUUCUCAGCAUGGUGUUAAGACUCCAGGGGAUGCUGAUGGCCUGAAGUUAGGGGAAGAUAUGAGAGCACAGGUAUCAUCUCUCAGGGACAUGGUGAAGAAAAUCGAUGAAGAAUUGAAAGAGAUGCGGAAAUUCCAGGAGAUAAGUAGUGAAGGUGAAGGGCAGAUGCAGCAACAGUUAGACAAGUUAGGGCCAGUCCUGGAGAAAAUCAUGAGCUCUUCCUGUGCUCUGCUUGGAAUGAGCCUCGGUCUCGAGACUGAGGCCACCUGUCCUGUCUGCAGUUUAGAUGUCAGUCAAGAUGCCAGCAAUCUGUGUCAGCGAUUUCAGAAACUGCAGGACACGGUUAACACCCUGGUUGACUCAACAGGAGACAGUGCUAAGGAUCUGGAAUUGCAGAAUCACAUUCUACAGCUGCAGGGAGAGUGUGAGAGGCUCAAUGCAGCCACCAGCCAACUGUUACAGGAUGAUCAACUUCACCAGAAGAAUAUCGAGGCUUUGUUUGAAUCUAUGAACCAUUUGGAGAGGAAAUGCUAUGAGGGGAAUAUCAGCCGCACACAGUUUGAUGCUGUAACAGAUCAGAUCAACAAAAUGGUUCAAGGCCUCCUGAACAAGAUCUGCACUCAGGAGAAGGACUGGGGCUGCAUUCUCGAACAGCUUACAGCAGAAAUGGACUGUAAGCUCGAUCGAAUUGAACUGAAUCCAUUGAAGAAGCAACUCGAAGAUAGAUGGCAAUCGAUUCGGCAACAGUUGCUGAAGCAUAAAGAUUCUGAGCAUGAAGGAGCUGCAGGUCUAAAGAAACAGCUCAUCAGCCAUUUCCACUGUCUCUCCUGUGAUCGACCAUUGGAUAUCAAGGUGCCCACUGGCUUGAAUGUACUCUCGUUACCGAUACCGACUCAUCCAACCCAGGGUUACCACUCCCAGCGUAACGAUGACCAUUCGCGGCGACGGAGUAAAGGGGAACGCAUGUCAGAACUCAGGGAGAACUUCCCGGUUAAUGCACGGAGCUGUGGUGGUAGUCACACAUUGACCUAUGGUUACCACCGGCGUGGCCUAAAGGGAUACGACCACCAUCCGACCACGAUGCUGGGUGAAAACGAUGCUAAGCAGUGGACAGACUCCGUUGUGGCCAGCACUAACACACAGGUACCCAAACCAAGGAUCAACUGUAAGCUGCCAUCUAUUGGAGGAAAGGACGUGACCAAGUACAAACCAACUCGCUGUCUCUCACGGAAAAGCUCUUCAUCCAAACUCUCCUCCUGUCAAUCAUACUGUGCGUAUCUACCCCCUCUCACACAGCCAGGUUCAGUAAUGCCAGAGCAAAGUUUGUCUUCAGAGGCUGACUGUCAGUCCUUGGCCGAUCCAUCGCUCCUGUGUCCUUGCCCUGAGAGCCAGAUGUCUGGGCAGCCCUCACUCUCAUGCCCUUUGAUGGAGCCUGUGGAAACUCUGGACCUACCGAGGCACUCAGGAGUUGAACAGCCAGCACCAGUCAAGCCUGUUAAUAUUUAAAACUCAACUAUGAAUACAUGUGGAAAAGUUUUGUUAAAGAAUCCAUUUGUGUGUCUUUGACUCUUGAGGGAGGUGAGAGGAGUUAGUGGGGAUCUUAAAGUGACCAAGAUUUACUUGUAAUGGAAGGUGUUCUGGGCACUUUUGUCACAAUGACCGAAUAAACAUAAAGCAUUAGUACAAGGCCAUUUCCUCCACAUUGUGCUUCCUGAUGUUGAUUGACGUCAUAGCUGAGGGAGGGACCACUUCUCCAUGUGCCCUCUGAGCUCGAGGCCCAGUUUCCCAUUAUGGCCUGGCUGUGAGAGCAGUGAAGUCCAAUCCCACAGGACUCUGGUGAGAGGCAGCUCCAUUUCCCAGAUUCGGUUCCCUAACUCUCACGUUUGGUUGAGUGCCAGGGGGAUUAGUUUGGAAACAAGCUACUGCUGAGUUCAGUGGGUUAGUGAUCCGCCCCCCCAGUGACCUGCUGUUCUAGUCCGUGGGCAUCCAUUUCCCUUCCUAAUCGGGGAACGCUGAGCUCUACAUAAUACCAGAUGGUAUUCCUGGCCUCACUCAGUUUGUUAAUGGAUUGGGUGGGAUGACAAGGCAAAGUAGGAGCAUGGAUUCAGGACUGGGGGUGUAGGACAGCUUGCGUU